AUGAAGAUCUCAUCCAAAUCAAUCUUAAGCCCAGGUCGAGCCGCCGGUGGCGGCGGAGGACGAGACCCACCAAACAACCUCUCCACCUCCCUCAGCCGUCGACUCAGAAACAGCGGCAGCAUAAAAGGCGGCGCGUCGCCGGCAAUGUUCCCAACCACCGCUAAAAAGAGAGGUAGUUUCGAAAACCCAGAACCCUCUUCCCCUAAAGUCACCUGCAUUGGUCAAGUUAGAGUUAAAACCAAGAAAAAACAAGCAAAAAAGCUCAGAACUUUGUCAAGAAGACAUAGCUCCGGCGAAGUUAGCUUCAGAAAACUAGAACACCAUCAAGAAAGCUGGCCGGCGCCGGUGACGGAGCAGAGGAGUAAUCAGAAAUGGGUUCAUUUGCCGGUGACGAUUUGUGACGCUUUAAGAGCAUUCGGAUCGGAGUUCAGCUGCUUGUUUCCUUGCCGGACGGAAAGAGAGAAAGAAGAGAAAAUGGUGGCAGCUGAAAAUGAUCGGAGUUCUUGUGGUGCGGUGUUUGCACGGUGGUUGGUGGCGGUGCAGGACGGCGAUGGUGGCGGAGAGAGAGAUAUUGAGCUGGUUGUGGAAGAAGAUGAUGAAGAAGAAGAAGAGAGCUUUAAGAAACCAAGAAGACAUGUUUUUGAAGAUUUGGAGAUAAUAAAUGAUCGAAUUGAAGGGCACAAAGACGAAUCAAGAAUGAGUAUUUGCAUACCACCAAAGAAUGCUUUGUUGCUGAUGAGAUGUAGAUCUGAUCCCAUGAAAAUGGAAGCUCUCACAACUCGAUCUUGGGCACCCACCAUUGAUGAACAACUUGUCGAAGAUCAAGAACCCAUUGUUGAUUUGAAGGAAUCUCAACAAGAUCUUGAAAUGGAGCAUCGACAAAUCAUGGGUUUGGUUCAAAAAGAUCAAGAAAAUGAAGAACUUGAUGAUCUACAACAACACAAUCAAGAAAACCUUCAAGAAAAUCUGCAACAAGAAGUGCAACAAGAUGAAGUUGUUGAAGAUCAAGAUCAAAGAGAAGAAGAAAGUAUGUAUCUGGGGUUUUUAUUUGAAGAAGUUGUGAAUCAAGAUGAUGAGAUUCGAGAACAUGAAGUUGAUUCUGAAAUGGAGGAAGCUCUUGAAGAAGAAGAGGUUGAAGAGGAGGAAGCUCUUGAAGAAGAUGAAGAGGUUGAAGAGGUGUCGACAAUGGUGACUGAAACUGCAGAGAUCUCUGAAACCCAUGAAGAAGAAAUGGUUAACAAUGGAGUUUUAGAGGGAGAAAGCGAUGUGAAGGAGGAGAGAGAAGAAGUGUUGCCGGAAUGCUUGUUGAUGAUGAUGUAUGAACCCAAGUUAUCAAUGGAGGUAUCAAAGGAGACAUGGGUUUGCAGUACAGAUUUCAUCAAACGCCAAUCCAACAAGAGAAAACCGCCGCCGCCGCCGCUGCCGCCGCCAGCGGUGAAAUCCGAAGGUGGAGAUGAGUCAAGGGUUAGUGUUACUGUUAGUGCUACUACUACUACUGAUUAUGAUUUGAUGAGGGUGGCCGACGGUGGAUACGCGCCGGUGCUACAGAAUCCGGCACGGUCGUCGUGUUCAUUUCCGGCGCCACCGUCCAUGGCGGCUAUGUUAGAGCAGAAGCUAGCGGAUGCGAUGGGGUACGAGCCGUUUGUGCUGACAAGGUGCAAGUCGGAGCCGAUGAAAACGGCGGCGGCUAAGCUACUACCGGAGAGUUGUGUUUGGGAAAACAGGAAGUCGAAGCGGCUGAGCGGGGUUGCAUUUGGCGUCGGCGCGGCUGGGUUAGGGUUUUGAGCUAUGCUUCACAUGGUUGUACAUUGUUUAUCAAAAACAUUAUUUAGUGAAUUAGUGGGAUUGUACAAGUAUGUGAUGCAUGUGUUGUUUGCACAAUUUUUUUUAGUUGUAACAUGGUUUGAUUCUUAUUAUGAU